UUGCCUUAUCCGCUUCCAUAAGCCUGGAGCUCACCAGCAACCUGAAUGUCUCUCUCUCUCUCUCUCUCUGAUUCAAGAUGGAGACAAUCACUAGACAAUCCCAAUUCCAGUUGUCAUCUCCCUGCAACUUCAAUCGUUUCAGUAGAUAUCCUGCAUGUGUUAAAAGCUGCAGCACCCGAGUUCAACCAAUUCUUGAAUUCUCUGAGUCUUCGACAACGUCAAGUCUUGAAGCGAAGCCAUUAACCCUGGCACCACUAUGGCGGUACCCGACUGAAUCUGUCUUCUCUCGCUUCGACGAACUCGAGAAACCGAUCUCCAUGGAUGCCCUAAAACAGAUUCAUGCUCAGAUAGCAAAAAUGAACCGGGAAGAUGCAGUGGAUGCGUGGAAGAAACUAGUAGACAUGUAUGUACACAUCGAUGAUUUCGAAUCUGUAGGCAUUAUUUUUAGCCAUCUGGCUGCUGCGACGGAAUCCUUGAAUCAUUUGCUAGAAACAAUCCGCGGCGCGGUGAAACCAGAAGCACUUCUUAGGAUUGUGGCUGAGUUGCAUAAAAAAGGAUUGAUGGCACGCUUCGAGGACGUUCUAGCUUUUGCGGUGAAGAUUUGUGGAGACUCAGGGAAUUCGCUCAUGGGUGGUAUGCUGCACGGGGUCAUGGUGAAAACCGGAUUCACUUCACAUGAUUAUCUAGACUCUGUUUUCUUGAAAAUGUAUGGUGGUUCUUGCAAGUUAGAAGAAGCACGUAAAGUGUUCGAUAAAAUGAGUUCAAGAACCACAUUUCUCUGGGAUGUAAUGAUUGAGAUGUAUCUGAAGAACCAAUUAUGGUUUGAGGCGCUAGAUUUUUUCCGCGAGAUGCAAUUCUCACUCGUCAAAUGCAGUCGAGCUACGAUAGCAAGAGUUCUCCAAGCUUGCGGGAGGCUGGAAGCUCUCAGAGAAGGCAAACAGGUGCAUGGAUAUGCUAUAAGGUACGGUCUAUUGCAGUUUGUGGCUGUAGGGAACUCGUUGAUUAGCACCUACUGCAAAACCAGGCAACUAGGAUCUGCAAGACUGGUUUUUGAUGGAAUCAGUAACCGUGAUUUGAUCUCUUGGAACUCAAUGAUAUCAGGGUAUGCACUGAAUGGCUUUUUGAAUGAUGCUUGGGACGUUUUCCAGGAACUGGAUUCUUCGGGAACCAAGCCAGAUGUAGUCACAUGGAAUUGCUUGAUUUCUGGGCAUGCACUUCAUGGAUCUGUAGAAGAAGUUGAGAAAAUUUUUCAUAUGAUGAACAGGGAGGGGAUAAAACCUGAUGCAUCAUCCUGGAGUUCAGCUAUUUCUGGUUUUUCACGACGGAAUGAUGCAUCAGUUUCGUUGAGACUAUUCCGGAAAAUGUUGAGUUCAGGCAUCAAACCAAAUGCAAGCUCUAUCACAAGCAUACUUCAAGCUGUUGCAGAACAAGGAACAGCGAGACUAGGGAGAGAAAUCCAUGGCCAUAUCAGCAGAAAUGAAUAUGAGAAUGACAUCUGCAUGAGAACCUCAUUAGUGGAGAUGUAUGUCAAGCACGGGAGAUUAGUUGAAGCGAGGAGGGUCUUUGAUUAUAUGAAGCACAGGAAUUCAUUCACAUGGAAUACUCUUGUUGCAGGGUAUGCACGUAAUAGGCAUAUCGGUGAAGCUUUGGAUCUCUUAAAUCAGAUGGAAGAAGAAGGUAUCCGGCCAGAUCUGAUCACAUGGAACAGCCUCAUAUCGGGGUAUUCUCUAAUGGGUCAGAGCAAACAAGCAUUGGUAUUGAUUCGACAACUGAAUAAGACGGGCUUUACUCCAAAUGUAGUUUCAUGGACGGCAAUGAUCAGCGGAUGUUCAAAGGCAGGAAAUUAUGGAGACGCUUUGCUUGCUUUCAGAGAAAUGCAGAAAGCAGGAAUUCAACCUAAUGCUGCCACCGUGGCAAGUUUAGUUUCUGUAACAGCAGCCUUAGCUUCAUUUUACCAAGGAGCAGAAUUGCACUGUUAUGCCAUCAGAAAUGGACUUGAUGACUACAAAUACGUAGCGUCUGCACUUGUGGACAUGUACUCUAGGUCAGGAAAUUUAGAGAACGCUUAUCUUGUUUUCAGUAAGAUCAAAGACAAGAAUUUAGUCUGUUGGAAUGCCAUGAUCAAAGGAUAUGCUCUUCAUAGGCUGGGCGAAAAGGCAAUUUCCAUCUACGACGAAAUGCGUGAAAUAGGUAUCCAACCAGACGGUGUUACAUUCACUUCUCUUCUGUCUGCUUGCAGUCAUUCUGGUUUACUUGUCGAAGGGUGGAAAUUUUUUGAUAGCAUGAGAGAGGAAUUUGGUGUCAUUCCAACCAUAGAGCACUAUGCGUGUAUGAUAGAUCUUCUAGGUCGGAACGGUUAUUUGGAUGAAGCACUGGAUUUGAUCAAGACCAUGCCACUAAGACCAGAUACAAGUGUUUGGGGAUCUUUGCUUCUUGCAUGCAAAGUUCACCAGAACGUCAAGCUUGCUGAAUUUGUAGCAAAGCGACUCUUCAAACUAGAACCCUAUAACUCUGCAAAUUACUCGCUACUCAUGAACUUGUAUGCUGCACAAAGCCGAUGGGAUGAAAUCGAAAAUCUAAAAGAUGCAAUGAACGUUAUAGGUGUCAGGAACAAGAGGGGGUGGAGUUGGAUCUGGAUCAAUAAGGAAGUUCAUGUUUUCUCUGCGAAAGGAAGGCCACAUAGAGAUAUGGGAGAAAUAUACUUUGAAUUAUGCCAGUUGGUCGCUCAAAUGAGAAGAUUGGGUUAUAAACCUGAUACAAGUUGCGUGAUUCUUAACGCUGAUGAGGACCAAAAAGAACAAAUGGUUUUGAGUCAUACUGAGAAGCUAGCUAUAACAUAUGGGCUUAUAAAGACAGGUGAAGGCAUGCCGAUAAGAGUUAUAACGAAUACCAGAAUCUGCGGAGAUUGCCAUGUAGCAGCAAAAUACAUAUCUAGAAUUACUGGCCGCAAGAUAUACCUACGAGAUGGAUGCAGGUUCCAUGAAUUUGUGAAUGGGAAAUGUUCUUGCAAUGACUAUUGGUGAGUGGUGAUGGAAAUCAAACACAUCAUCAAAGAAGGUUUAUUAUUAUUAUCUUGGCCAAGGAGCAACAUUCUCUUCGACAAAAGCGAGAUGCAGAAACUUUUCCCUGAUUGUCUCAAAUUCUCUUCCCGAAAGCUAUAAGAUUUUGCCAUCUGCAUAGCAUAUGGAGAAUACCUACAACAAGUGACGGUAAAAUGAAGUGUUAACAAUGGUCUGCUAGUGUUCAAGUCAUUACGCUUACUCCUGAAGUUGUGUGACUAUACAACCAGGAGAGAACGAG